AGUCCAGAUUCGCCAUAUUGAUAUCGUACGUUAGACAUCUUUGGGAACACGGAAAGAACCGUUCUUGGGUGCAUAUAUAGAACAAAAGACAUCAGAGUGAAGUGCGAAAUGGCGACGAUAAAUCGAUGUGAGUGAAGUUAAGCCCUAGGACUACCUGGAACUGACAAGAAAGCCGGUUUUCUCAGGCACCCUCCAGGUCACGUGACCUGCCGUCGGAAAGGCGCUUUUUGGACGAGAAAUCAACAACGUUCAAAAACCUGUUCAUUUUGCGGAUCAGCUGAUUCAUCACCUAUAGUUUGCCGGUUUGUCCAAACUGCUGAGAUCGGCAAUCAUGACCUGAACAUGCGUGGGAGGGGCGGCAAGCGGGGAAGAGGUCGGCCCUGCGAGGCCCUGUUUCAUACAAGAAGUGAGUUGGUAAACAAGAAGAUCUUCAUCAAGAAGCCGGUAUAUCUGCGAGAUAAAGACGAUGACAUUCGAGGAAGUCGAUCCAGUACACCUGGUGUACUCGCACCGGCGGACGGAGAAGAGAACGCCUUCUCCCGGUCCCGUUCCAGUUCUGUCACACGCUCAAGUUUGGGCAAUUCUGCACGUAAGAAAAAAACAAAGAAGCUGAAGGCAGGAACAUCAGCAUCUGCCGAUACAACCCAGGACUACUACUAUGGGUCUGAUUUUGAAAAUUUAUCUGAUAUUGAUGAGAGAGAGGUUGGUGAUGGCAAUGAAUCUGAGGAUUCUGACAGUGAACCAAGGUCAGUGUAUGAUGCAGAUGAACUGCUUAGUGAGAGUGAAUUAUCACUGCCUAGCUCAGCUGGAGCAGGAUUACAAGAUUUUGUACCAGUGUCUCGGCCACCAACCCCUGUACCAGUGUGGCUCCAGGACAGAGAAAUACCUGACCUGGCUCUUCCACCCUCAUCAGAGGACCUUGUUAUCCCUCGGAAACAUAUUUUACAGACAUGUGCAGUGUAUGAGGUGCUGAGGCACUUCAGGACUCAGAUCUUUCUUUCUCCAUUUACACUGGAGGAUUUCAGUGCUGCUCUGCUGGCAGAAGAGCAGAGCAAACUUCUUUCUGAGGUCCAUCAUCAGUUGCUUCGCUUGAUUCUUCGUGAGGACGAAAAGCAGCAAGUUCAAUUUGGGCCACAGGAUCACAAAGACAGCAUUAAUUCUGUGCUGUACCUUUGUGAUUUGGUGUCAUGGCCAGAAACUCUCCGGGUCUACCUUCAUGCAAGAGUAGGAGGAGGUGGUGGAGAAGACAUUCAAGAGGCUAUCAGAAUAUUGGACAACAACGAGUACCCAUUUGUUCCAUUUGAGGAGAGGCUCAAAGUUUUGCAGGUCCUGGUGGAUAUGCUCCUUGUCACUCCAAUCAUACGGAAUGAGUUUCAGAGGGAGGGUCCCAUCAACUACGACGACCACUGUCGCUCGUGCCACCGGCUGGGCGAUCUGCUCUGCUGUGAGACGUGCCCGGCCACGUACCAUCUGGACUGUGUCAACCCGCCCCUGAAGGAGGUUCCCGACCACGACUGGCAGUGUGAGAUCUGUCGCAAACACCAGGUGAAGGGCGUCACUGACUGCGUGUCGGACAUGGAGCGGAACGGCGCCAUGUCGCGCCAGGAGGUGCUCGGCUACGACCGGCACGGACGCCGGUACUGGUUCCUCUGUCGACGCCUCUUCAUUGAGAGCCCAGACAGCCCGGAGUCGGUGGUGUACUACUCGACGCCGGCUCAGUACGCGGAGCUGGUGUCCCGCAUGGACCGCGCCGACCUCGAGGACGCGCUGUGCAUGUCGCUGCAGGAGCUGCACUACGACAUCCAGCGUCAGAUGGCGCUCACCGAGGAGAUGACGGAGCAGCGGCUGCGCGCCGGCGCCAUCAGCUACCUGCAGCAGAACACCGACCGCAUCAAGGGGGCCGAGGCGCAGCGGCGUCACCAUGACGUGACGCCGAGCGGCGACGCCGACACCGCCGCCGACGACGCGGACGACCAGCAGCCGGCGGCCAGCAAGCACAAGCAGACGGGCGUGGUGACCCGGACGAAGUCUGGCGUGCUGGCUCCGAAGACGGCCGCCAAGACGAGCGACGACAGCGACGAGGAGGAUGUCAAACCGAGCGGCGUGUUCCGGCUGGGCGACGAGACGGACCGGACGUACCAGCGCUACGAGAACCAGUACACCUCCAACCCGCUGGCGCUCAACCGGUUCCAGCUGGCCGAGGACAAGGACAAGCGGCGCCACAUGAGUCACAAGUUCUCGCUGACGCAGGCCUCCGAGUUCGAGUGGAAGGGCGCCGAGACUGGCACGCGUCAGCAGCUGAAGCAGACGCUGAAGCAGACGCUACAGGAGCUGGUGAGCCGGCUGCCGCAGGCGCUGAUGCACCCGUCGUGGCCGCAGCUGCGGCGCGCCUGGAACUCGGCCGUGGCCGGCUCGUCGCGGCCGCAGGACUUCGCGCGCGCGCUGACCGUCAUCAGCGCGCUGAUCAAGCCGCGCCUGCUCUGCACCGUCUGGCCCGACUCGCUGAGCCACGUGGACGUGCAGCGCAUCACCGUGUCCGAGAGGGAGGAGCGCAAAAAGGCGGAGAAGCGCGAGAAGCGGGAACGCGACGAGGAGGAGCUGGUGGCGCUGCGCAUCCCGUUCGUCAAGUACAAUCUCAGCAAGGUCAAACACCAGGUGUGGAAACAGCGCGGCGAGGAGUACCGCAUCCACGGCCAGACGGGCUGGCUCUGGCUGAGCAGCACGCGCCGGUACCGGCCGGCGCCGGCCGGCCAGCGCGGCCACGCCGCCGGGCCGCACCGGGAGGAGAACGAGGAGAAGCCCGAGGACGGCGGCGACAGGGAGGACAGGAUGGACGACUCCGAGGACAAGGCGGACGUCAAGGAAGAGAAGAUGGACGUGGACAAGGACGUCGCCGUGAAGGAGGAGCCGGACGAGACCAAGCCGCCGGCGCAGCCCCGGUUCGCCGGCCUCUCCACGGAGGAGCCCGUCCGGCUGGUGCUGGUGAAGCCGGUGGUGAAGCGCAACUACGUCCGCGGCCGCUGGAGCAUGCUGGUGCUGCCCACCUGGGAGCUGCGGCAGCUGGCCAGGAAGCGCGGCCACAAGCCCGUCGACGGCUUCAACUACGCCGCCAAGAACAACAGCCAGGUGUGGCCGUACCCGUGUCCGCGCGCCUCCCUGCGCACCGGCUGGCUGUACCGCACGUGUCGCGUGCGCAGCCUGCACGCGGCCGGCCUCCAGCUGCGCAUCCUCUGGGCGUGCGUGCGCUGGGACGACAUCGACUCUCGGCCGCAGCAAGUGGGGCCGGGCGAGUUUCAGAUCACCACCGACACGGGUAUGGUGCGCUCGCUGGUGCUGCGGCAUCGGGACGAGGGGCGCUUCCGCGAGCGGACCGUCUACUACCGCCGGCGCGUCACCAUCCUCUUCGACAACCCCGUCAUCGUGGAGAAAGAGUACACGUCGUCAGCGCGCAGCGGCCUGCGCAAGCGGCGGCGCGUCAUCGAGUCGUCGGAGAACCCGUCCAGUGACGUCACCGAGGAGUGGGUGCCCGAGGAGGCGCUCGAGAUCUUCGAGAUCAAGUACUACCACGAGAAGGUGGAGCGGCUGCGUCAGGAGCGGCAGCAGGCGCUGCUGCAGCGGCGCGCCAGUCCGGCCGCCAAGCUGAAGCCGGCCGCCGCCGCCGCCGGCGCCACCCAGCUCAAGGCCAGGCUGGACGAGGCCGUCCGCCAGAGCCGCACUCUCGGCAAGGGCACCAAGUUCAUGGUGAAGCCGUCCAACGCGUCGACGGCGGGCGCGGUCAGUCCCGGGACGCCGCAGCGCACGUACGGAGCCAUGCGCAAGAUCAUCACCAAGGACGGCAAGAUUAUCGCGAUCCAGUCCGCGCCGUCGGGGGGCGUGGCGCCCGCCGGCACCGUCACCGUCGGCACGGGCUCGCCGCGUGCGACGCAGCCCACCCUGGCGCCGGCGCCCAGCCCGGCCGUCGCCGCCGCCGCUGCCGCCGCCAACACCGCACAGUCGCCGGCCGCCAAACCCAAUCAGAUUCAGAUCAUCAAGCUGCCGGACGGCAAGCUGCAGGUUAAGGGCCUCAAGCCAGGUCAGCAGCUGGUGCAGCUGCCGAGCGGCCAGCUGCAGCUGGUGUCUGGCGGCACGGCCAAGUCGCUGCAGGCCGUCUCCAAGCAGACGCCAGUGGCGUCCACGCCGCCGCCGGCCAAGGCCGCCGCCCCGGCCGCCGCCCCGCCGCUGCAGGAGGCGUCGCCGCCGACCGGGCAGCUGCGCGUGGUGCAGAAGAUGGUGACGCAGGUGGUGGACCUGGCCGGCCUCACCAAGCAGCAGGUGGUCGGCUGGCAGCAGAAGAUCAACGAGGGGAAGGCCAAGCUGGCGCUGGUGAACGGCAGACGGGUGAUCCUGCACAACGUGCUGGUGAACCAGUCGGUGAGCGCGGCGGCCGAGCCGGCGCCGGCCGCCGCCGCCGCCACCACUCCCGUCAAGUCGGAGCAGCACGAGUCGGCCGACGAGGACGACCCGGCGCCGCAACCGCCACAACCGCCGCCGUCGACCGACGUGAAGCGAGAGUCGGACGAGCAGCCGCCGGUCGCCGCUGCAGCCGACGCCGACGCCGCCGCCGCUGCCGCCGACGCCGCGCCGGCGGCGGCCGACGUCAAGACCGAGCUGGCGCCGGGUCGUCGCAUCACGGCCACGGCCAACAUCGUGCAGACGGUGGCGGGGCCGCGCGUGGUCAUCCAGGGCGUGCCCACGCAGGGCCUGUCGCAGUCGCAGCUGCACAACCUGCAGCAGCAGGUCAAGGCUGAGCUUGCCAAAGGUCCCAUGCUGACCGGCCUGCGGGACAUCCACUUGACGGUGCCGGCUGACGUGCCGGAACCGGCAACGGCGCCGGCGCCGGCCGCGCCGCCGGCCGCCGCCGCUCCCGCCGCCGCGCAGAGUCUGCUCACCACUCAGCGUCAAACGACCCUGCUGUCGCCUCGGCGCGUGUCGGAGCCGGGCGCGGCGGCGGCCGGCGCGCCCGACGAGCCGCCGUCGGCGCCGCUCCAGCAGGACUUCACCGUCACCCAGGAGUACAUACAGCAGAGCAUCAACAACGCGCUCAACUCGGACAACCUGAAGCCGGAGAUCGCCGAGAAGCUGCUGCAGCUCCGCAAGAAGCCGUCGGCCGGCGGCGACGGCGGCCCGGCCACGCCGCGGCCGGCCGCCGCCGCCCCGCGGCCGCCCGGCGCCCAGCCGCCCAAGAAGCGUGCCAAGACCGACCGGCCGCGCGUGCCCUCCGGCGGCCGCACCAAGCCGCGCUCCGAGAAGAAGAGCCUGCGGCCGUCGGCGCGCGUGCAGCAGCUGUCGCGCCGCAAGGAGCAGCUCAAGAAGGAGAUCCUGCGCAAGCGGCUGCAGAUGGAGAAUCAGCUGCAGCUGGAGAUCUCCAAGCAGGUGGCGGCGUACCGGCGCGCCGUGACCGAGCACCGCGCGCCGAAGGCGGCGGCGGCCGGGCGCCAGCGGCGGGACUCCUCGCCGCCGCGGGCGCCUCCCGGGCGGAAGUCGGAGGAGAGCCGGAAGCGGAAGUCGUCGGCGUCGCGCGGCAGCCCGGCCGGCGGCCGGCCGCCCGCCAAGAAGCCCCGCAAGGCGGCCAAGGAGGGCCGCGACUCUCGCGACGCCAAGAAGCUGCACUGCGUCUGCCGCCAGCCGUACGACGCGUCCAAGUUCUACGUGGGCUGCGACAUGUGCAGCAACUGGUACCACGGCUCCUGUGUCGGCAUCUCGCAGCGCAACAGCAAGAAGGUGAAGGCGUUCAUCUGCCAGCAGUGCCAGUCGGCCAAGGAGAACCGCGAGCUGUUCUGCUUCUGCCGUACGGAAUACGACGAGUCGCAGUUCUACAUCGGCUGCGACAAGUGCGAGGACUGGUUCCACGGCCGCUGCGUGGGCAUCCUGCCGUCGGAGGGCGACGACAUCGACGACUACGUGUGUCCGCGCUGCGACCCGAGCUCUCGCAUCAACCGGCCCAACUUCCAGCCGCUGAACGACGCCAACUACGCCGAGCUGCGGCGCGUCUUCAAGCAGAUUAAGAACAACAAGAACGCGUGGCCGUUCAUCGAGCCGGUCGACCCGGACGAGGUGCCCAACUACUACAAGGUCAUCAAGGAGCCCAUGGACCUACAGACCAUGGAGAACCGGCUGGAGUCGCGCCACUACGGCCGCCUCUGCGACUUCACCGGCGAUAUGAUCGUCGUGCUAGACAACUGCAAGUACUUCAACCCGCCCGGCACGCGGCUGGCCACGUGCGGCACCAACCUGGAGGCCUUCUUCCGCGCCGAGCUCAAGAAGCUGCGCGCUAAAAUCUGAGGUCGGAGUCGGGCUUCGGGGGCGUCGAGGCGCGCGUCAGAGCUGCGCCCCAGGGGCGUCAGAGCUGCGCUUCGGGAGUGUCGGAGCGCACGUCAGAGCCGAGCCCCGAGGGCGUCGGAGCGCGCGUCAGAGCUGCGCUCAGGGGCGUCGGGGCACAUGUCAGAGCCGAGCCCCGAGGGCGUCGGAGCGCGCGUCAGAGCUGCGCCCCAGGGAGCCGGGGCACAUGUCAGAGCCGAGCGCCGGGAGCGUUGGAGCGCACCGGUGGGCGGCGUGCCGACGCGCGUCCGACGCGUGUCCGCCGCGCCGGUGCGGUGAACUGACGAAGCGGCGGGGUCGGCUGCGCGCUAUGCAAGCGUUGUGCCACGUGCGUGUGCGUGUGUGUGCGGCGGCGCCGUUCGCCGUCGGCUGGCGGAGGGCGCUGUGACGUCUUCAGCUGACGGAGCGCCGCUCCGCCGGUCGUGCGCCUGCGCGUUUGAGUUCUUAUUAAUUAGCGGAUUCCAUUGACACGUUUCGAGUGUUUCAAGUCAUUCGAGUCACGAUUUGUACAAAUCCCCAUCAUCGUUCACUGCGUAUUGUGCUGUUUCUGCGCGAGUCGGAGCUGGAUUUUAGCAAAACUGCAGGGUCUUAUGACCCGGGCUGCCGGUUGUACAAUUCAAGGCGCAUGGUCGCACGCAUGCGCAGCUGUAUUUUAUUCGUCGAUUACGUUGUUUUCUCCGCGGAUUUGUCAUGUUGCUAAAUAAAACCGCGUGUCAGCCCGGAA